AUGUUGUUCUCUCUUGUUCAAGGGGAUAAAGUUUUUAUUAAAUAUUCAUUGCUUUUGCUCAUAAUAAUUGUUAUUGAAGAUUUCUUUUAUAUCUCCUGCAAUUUUUUCAAUCAGUCUCAACAUGUAUGUUUGUUAGCUGAACCCGAUUUGUGUAAUCUGACCAUGAUAGAAAGUUUAGCUCAAUUUGCAGACUUUUACAGUUAUCGAUUCGAAUAUGGGUCGCCUAAAAUUAGCAUGCCUAAAUGGGCGCUAGUAAAAUUAAACAUGUUGAAUAAAUUGAAAAGAAUAUCUCUAAGUACGUAG